AUGAAAGGCGGAGAGAGUGAAAAGAGCAGGUAAAGCAAAUAGUCUGCUUUUGAUAUUAGAGAUUAUUCUUGCAAACAUCAUUUUCUCUCAGUACUGAUGGCUGAGCAUGCCCGUGCCUGUUGCUGAUAUCUUAGUGCCAGGGUUCUUUUGGCAGGUUUUGCAGGGGUGUGCCAUUUCUGUGUUGUCUUCUUAUAAUUGCACCUUCUUGGGAAAGGCUUGAAGAUAUAAUGGGAAGAACAAUGCAUUAUUAUUUACAGAGACCCAUCGUAUUGUAAAACUCCUCUUGCAGAUGAUCCGAGCAACACUCAAAACAAUAAUGCAUUCCAGCCUAACAUUGAUGACCGACUAACAGAACUAUUAGAUAUUCCUAGACUGUUGGGUUGUUGUUUUUUAAAAAAAUUAUUUAUACUUUUCAAGUUUAUACAUUUCAUCAGUUUUACAAUCAAUUUAAUAUUUCAAAACUUGACUUCCUUCCACCCCUUUCUGCAGUUCUUUAAAUUUAUUUUUUCAUAUCUUCUGCAUAUUCAGAUUCAUUUAAUUUGCUCAUUUAUUCAUCUAAAUAUUAAAUAUAUUAAAUAUAUUUAAUUUCAUUUAAAGAUAUACUUAUAAAACUGCAGGUUAUUGCAAUAAUCCUGCCAAUGUUUUUAUCUGUUUGCAAUUUAUCUGUAAAUAUUCAAUAAACCAUUUCCAUUCUUUUAUAAAAAGUUUGUUAUCUUGAUUUCUCAUUCUUCUGGUAAGUUUCACCAUUUCUGCUGUAGUCGCAUACAUGAAUAAAUUUCUAUACAAUUUAGGUAGUUCUGUCCCUAUAAUUCCCAAAAGAAAAGCUUCUGGUUGUUUGUUUGUUUUUUUACAAAAGUUACCGUAUUUUGAACAUCCUUUUCAAUUCAUUGUAUAUCAUUUCCCAGUAAGCUUUAACCUUACUACAAGGCCACCACAUAUGGUAAAAACAACCUUCUUUCUCUUUACAUUUCCAACAUUUGUUUGAUUUAGAUUUAUACAUUUUUGCCAGUUUACUCAGUGUUACAUACCAAUGAUAUAUUAUUUUCAUAUAAUUUCCUCUUAAACCAUAACAGGCUGUAAAUUUUAUAUCCACAUUCCACAGUCGUUCCCGUGUUUCCAUAUCUAUAUUAUGACCAAUAUCUAUUGCCUUGUGUAUCAUUGAGGAUUUUCCUAAAUAUUCCUAGGCUUGCUUACCUAGUUCCUCCCAAGGUGAGGGGAAGUGGACAUAGGUAAGUCUGGCUGGACAGCUUACUCUAUGGUAUUAACCCCUUCAUGCACUAAUUAUACUGUUGCAUGUUGGCUAUAUGAGGACGGUUACCCCACAGGGAUAACCAUCUUCCCUGAUCAUUGACCAUUAUCAUAACUUCCGUCUUCCCUGAUCAUUGACUGUGCUGGCUGGAGCUGAUGGAAGUCAGAGUACAACUAUACCAGGAAAGUCAUAGGUUCUCCCAGCCUUAAGUAGGGAUUCCUUAUUUGGAUAUUUGUUGCUGUUUAGUCAUUUAGUCGUGUCUGACUCUUCAUGACCCCAUGGAGCAGAGCACACCAGGCACUCCUGUCUGCCACUGCCUCCUGCAGUUUGGUCAAACUCAUGCUGGUAGCUUUGAGAACACUGUCCAACCAUCUCGUCCUCUGCCGUCCCCUUCUCCUUGUGCCCUCCAUCUUUCCCAACAUCAGGGUAUUUUCCAGGGAGUCUUCUCUUCGCAUGAGAUGGCCAAAGUAUUGGAGCCUCAGCUUCACAAUUUGUCCUUCCGGUGAGCUAUUUGGAUAUAGCCCCAUGUUAAAAUCUCACUGCAGGUGAUCUCAAUAUCGUCCCCUCUCCCAAUACUAACCUUCUUUGAGGAAUGUGUCGGGAGGAGAAAAUGACGAAGGAACAUUUUUCUUCUCUUUUGAGAUGAAGAAGAGGUUUUAUCCAUGCUGAUUUUUUCCAGCUCUACCACAUCACAUCACUUCGAGUAGCAAGAAGAUGUUUGUACUUGGCAUAGGCAGGAGGUUGAGCUUCUCAGUUCCCAGAACAGUUUCUAUAAAGCCUCUGUUGAACUGAGUAUCUUGACUUCCUUCUUUUGUCUUUUUACAUAAUUUUCUACUCAGAGGAAGCUGGCAUGUAUUCAGAGGCAGAGCAUAGGAUCUUGAGCGAAAGCGUAAGGGGGAGUUGUGAACAGAAAGCCUGAAAUAAUUUUGGGGGUGGGUGAGAGUGAGUUAUAAUAACAGGGUGCCCCAUCACACUGGGUACCUGUCUCAGUCAAUGCAUGUUGUUGUAAGAAUGGGCUUCAAGACAAGACCCAUUUAUCAUAGAAUUGUAGUGGAAAAAAUCCAUCAGGGUCUGUUGGUUGAAAUGGGUACUGAAACAGUUUUUAAUAUUUGAUUUGAUUUUCAUCCGAUUAGGCUGGGUGAUGUUAUUGUGGAUUUAAUGUUGUUUGAUUCUACAGCAUUAUGACACAUAGAACCUUAAAUAUUUAUACAGAUAUUUAAAAUGGAAAAAAGAAUAAGACAAUAUCAAUAGCUACUGUAAUGAUAUGCUGCUGCUCUUAUUAUGCUUUUACUGUAAUUUUAGACUCUCUUUCUAAAAUUGUUGUAGCCCACCCUGGGAACUUUUGGUGAUUUUUUUUAAAACAAAAAACAAAACAAAACAAAAAUAUAAAUAAUAUUUAGUUUUUAGCAACAGGAGGUGAAAAUAGGGAUAAACAUCUCAAGAAGUGAAUAUUGAUAGUUGACCUUCCUCUUGGAGAUGGAGGGAUGGAAGCAAAGAAAGGAAUAAAGCAAAUAUCCUAGGAAAUCAAUUUCAACCCUUUUAGCACCUUAUCUGCUUUCAGAGAUAAUCAUUCUGCAAAGAGUCGUCAUCAAAGAGUAAAAUGGAUAAGGCUCCCACUCCUGUGUACACAUUGUAUAAUUCUCAUGGAGCCCAGCAGGACUUACUUCUGAGUAAAUAUGCAAUAGGAUUGCACUGCAUUGGGGACACUUUUAUGGUUAGGAAUUCAUCAGUCGGUCUAUGCAGCAAAGCAAGUGAUUCACUGCUGCUCUUUGGUAGUUUGAACUUAGAGCAUAUACUUUCAAUGUGAUUGCAUCUGAAGUUCCCAGCAAGAGGAGGGAUUGCUUACAGAACCCCUGCAAAGAAAUGGAUGCUAUGACUGUUAUAGCUAUGAAUCCUCAAAUGCUUGGCCAACUGUGCUGACAAAGUGGUAGGUGGUGAAUGACUCAGUCACAUAAGGCACUUGCUAUACCAAAAAUAUUUAACAUACAGUUGCCAAAAGGAACGCAGGUGGCACUGUGGUCUAAACCACGGAGCCUCUUGGGCUUGCCAAUUGGAAGGUCGGCAGUUUGAAUCCCUGUGACGGGGUGAGCACCCAUUGCUCUGUCCCAGCUCCUGCCAACCUAGCAGUUCGAAAGCACACCAGUGCAAGUAGAUAAAUAGGUAUCGCUGCAGUGAGAAGGUAAAUGCCCUCAUGGUGUUCUGUUGCACCAGAAGUGCAUGACCCAGAAAGCUGUCUGACAAAUGCCAGCUCCCUCAGCCUGAAAGCAAAAUGAGUGCUGCAACCCCAUAGUUGCCUUUGAUUGGACUUAACCAUCCAAGGGUCCUUUACCUUUACAGUUGCCAGCCUGACAGAUCUUUUACUGGGUGUCAAAAUAACUGGCCCCAGAUACCCCUAUGUAGGGUUUGAUUGAGAUCAGUGUUAUCACAGAAAUAUUAUUUGAAUUAAUUAAGUAGGUUUGGAGGGGAGGUUUCAGGUGUACAGUACUCAAAAGUGAUUAUUUCUUAACUCUCACCUUUGCCUGAAAGAAUUCCUGAUUGCAAGAGCAAGAUCAGGGCUUUCAUUUUGGACUAGAAUGAAGCUCUACCUUGUUUCAACAGACAACAUUAGAUGUGGUUUCUACCAAGGUUCAACUUUAUACCAUAUCAAAUGAACAGUGAUGUUUCAAGUAGGGCAGAUGAAGGAUAGAUGGGCCCUGAACAGAUCUUGCAUGUGGACUGUUUAAACUGCAGGAUGGUCUGACAAAAUGGAGAAGUGAGUCCCUUAGCAGCUAAAUGUGUACAGGAAAACUUGACGCCCCAACUCCAAAAGUUGGGAACUCUAGAUAUAAUUAUAUAACCUUUAUAACUCAUGUUGGUGUUCCAUAGUGUACAUUUGGAAGAGGGCCACCAGAUGGCAUCCCUUUCGGUGACAGUGGUACAUAAGUAUCAUUUGCAUUGCUUGUGUACAGAUGGAAGAAGAGGUUCGUUGAUAAAGCAUGCUCAAAUUACAAUAUUUCAUUCAGUUUCAUCAGCUGAGCAAAAGCAGUCACCAACCUCCCCACUCAAUAAUAAUAAUAAUAAUAAUAAUAAUUUAUUUAUAUCCUGCCCUCCCCAGCCAAAGCUGGGCUCAGAGUGGCUAACAACAGUAAAAAUAACACAGUUUACAUAAAAUCACAAUCAAUUAAUUGAAAUACAUUCUAAAAUUAAUUCAGAAUCAAAUUAAUGGCAACCAUUGGGCUAGAGUUCUAUGAGGAUUACCGAAGGAGGGGGUCAGACUGUGCCUUGGCCAAAGGCUUGGUGGAACAGCUCUAUCUUGCAGGCCCCGCGGAAAGAUGUCAAGUCCUGCAGGACCCUAGUCUCUUGUGACAGAGCAUUUCACCAGAUCGGGGCCACGGCCGAAAAAGCCCUGGCUCUGGUUGAGGCCAGCCUAACCUCCCUGUGGCCUGGGAUCUCCAAGAUGUUUUUUAUUUAAAGACUGUAAUGUCCUCCGUGGGACAUACCAGGAGAGGCGGUCCCGUAGGUACGAAGGUCCUAGGCUGUAUAGGGCUUUGAAGCAUCACAGAAGAAGAAUAAAAAAAGAUGGGGAGCCAUUGUCCCUCUAGAUGUUGAUGGAUUGGACUACCAAAUCCCAACAGACCCAAUCCCAUGCACUCUCUCUUCCAGGAAGAACACCCUGGACCCAGCCAUCAGCCAGAGAAAGAGUAGUUGCCAGGAGCUUGCUUUCCUUCUCCAUACAAGAAAGAAAACUGCUCCAACCACCAGGUAUCUUGAAGCUACAGAAUCAAAGAGGAGCACACUCUGGCUUCUGCCACUGGCCAGAUCAAAGAAAUUGACUGGUAGAUUGUCCACUGUUUCUCUCUCUUUUCCAGGAAGAACAGUCUGGUCCCAUCCAUCGGCCAGAGAGGGAAGCUUGUUUCUAGAAGAACACUGAACUCCCAAUGCCUCUUGGACUGGGAAUGCAAAAGUAGACUCUGGAGACUGCCACAGGUUAGAGAAAUAAGGACCUUCCAAAAUUUAUUUUUAUUUAAUUUAUUUAUUGAAUUUAUAUACUGCCCUAUACUUGGAGGUAUCAGGGCAGUUCACAGAACAAAAUCAAAAUAUAAAACCACAAUAUAUAUAAUCAAAAUAAAAACCACAACCCAAAAGAGAGCCAUAUUUUAAAAGGGCAUAGGAUGUCAAUCAAAUCAACCAAAGGCCUCAUUAAAAAGGAACAUUUUUGCCUGGCGCCUAAAGUUUUAUAAUGAAGGCACCAGGUGAACUUCCCCGGAGGGAGCAUUCCACAGAUGGGGAGCCAUUGCAGAUAAGGCCCGUUCUCGUAUUGCCACCCUCCAGACCUCUCGAAGAGGAGACACAUGAAGGAGGGACUCAGUAGAUGAUCUCAGGGUCAAGUUCAUAUGGAAAGGGGUGGUCCUUGAGGUAUUGUGGUCCUGAGCCAUUUAAGGCUUUAUAGGUCAAAACCAGCACUUUGAAUUCAGCCCAGAAACUAAUUGGUACCCAGUGCAGUCGGACCAGGAUCGGUGUAAUAUGCUCAAACCGUCUUAGAAUCAUAGAAUCAUAAAAUCAUAGAAUCAUAGAGUUGGAAGAGACCACAAGGGCCAUCGAGUCCGAUCCCCUGCCAAGCAGGAAACACCAUCAGAGCACUCCUGACAUAUGGUUGUCAAGCCUCUGCUUAAAGACCUCCAAAGAAGGAGAAUCCACCACACUCCUUGGCAGCAAAUUCCACUGUCGAACAGCUCUUACUGUCAGGAAGUUCUUCCUAAUGUUUAGGUGGAAUCUUCUUUCUUGUAGUUUGGAUCCAUUGCUCCGUGUCCGCUUCUCUGGAGCAGUAGAAAACAACUCCGGUGAGCAACCUGGCCACUGAAUUCUGCGCUAGUUGAAGUUUCCAAACCGUCUUCAGAGGCAGCCCUACAUAUAACACGCAGCAGUAAUUGAACCUUGAAGUUACCAGAGCAUAGACAACAGUAGUUAGGCUAUCCCUGUUCAGAUCAGUGUGUAGCUGGCAGCGGUGGAGGAAGGGGGGGCGGUCCGCCCCAGGUGCCAUCUCUGAGGGGGUGACAAGAAGGCACAUCGUGGGAGGCUCGCCCCACCCCACCCCCCGGGAGCAGCAAUGCAAGCCGCCACCAUCACACCGCUGCAGCUGCGAGCAGAGGAUCCUGCCACCAUCCAUACGGUGCUCAAGCAGCGCUAUCAACAAACCACCCGGCGGUGCAUGUGCGGCGCCGCUAUGUAUGGCACAUGCGUGUGUGCCAUACGUGGCAGCACACACACAUGCGCCGCCGACACCCCGCACUGGGUACCGGUUAGCCUUUGAUCGCCCCUUGUAGUUGGGCCACCAGCUGAAGCUGAUGGAAGGCCAUUGAGGCCCCCUGAGCCUCUAGUGACAGCAAAGAAUCCAGGAGGACCCCCAAGCUACGAACCUGCUCCUUCAGAGGAAGAGAAGAAGAGAAGAGUUGGGUUUGAUAUCCCACUUUGAUAUCCCGAAGGAGUCUCAAAGCGGCUCUUUUCCCUUCCUCCCCCACAACAAACACUCUGUGAGGUGAGUGGGGCUGAGAGACUUCAGAGAAGUGUGACUAGCCCAAGGUCACCCAGUAGCUGCAUGUGGAGGAGUGGAGACACGAACCCAGUUCACCAGAUUACGAGUCUACUGCUCUUAACCACUACACCACACUGGUUCUCUUGAUGAAUAUAACCUCAUCAAGAGCAGGCGAUUUUCUACCCAUCUGGUACCAAUAGCUGCAAUACUUCCACCCAGGCAAAACACCAGCAAGGGAAAACCAGCAAUUGUGUACAAAUCUGCCUGUUUACAGCAGUGGUCAGUGAAGACCACUCACCUGCCAUCCCAAUGCCAAGAGUCGCUGCCAGUUCCUGAGAAAGGGAGGCAUGUGGAGCACAGAGUGGUGCAAGCACAGCAGGAGAGCUGGACUGUCUCCGCCACACUGAGCUCCCCAUCCCUCUCACCUUACCCUCUACCUCUAAGUAACAAGCAACUACUUUGGAUGGGAGGUAUGAAAAGUAGGAUAAAAGAAUACUUUUUUAAAGAAAGGAAGCUUUUAAAAAAAUCAUUCUAAAAUCUGUUGGUGGCAAGGAUAAAAAUAAGUAUAAAAAGAGAAUUUGCUGGAUGCCAAGAUCCAGGUUUGGGGCAAGUACUCUUUGGUGAGGGAACCCCAGCAGAGAUUUAAAAUCGCAAAAUAUGCAGCAAACAUGGAAAUAUAGACUAUCAGACCUUUGAAAUAUGCCCUUGUGAGUUCUAAAACUUCUCUCGUCUCUUAGCCUAGGAAAGACAACACAUUUGGUAAAUUAAAAAUGGUUUACUUACAAACUCUCCAAAGGUCAGAUUCAUGUGCUUUUCCAUACAUCAGCCAGAAAACACAGGCAGUAAAACUUGGCUUAGCUACAGUGGUGAAAGUUCCUAAAUUAUUGGUAUAGGAACACAAGAAUGACUUGUAAGAACCAUGCAAUCUGAGCUUGGAGCAACCAGCUCAGACCUUUAUACAUGCUGAGCUUCUAAGGUGACUGAGUAAGCAAAAGUUUGAUUACCUAGCCCCUCCCAAGCUGAGCUAAGUCUGGCAGGACAACUUACUCUAUGGUGUUAACCCUUUCAUGAAUUAAUUAGACUUAAGCAUGUUGGUUAUAUGAAGCUGCUUAUCUCACCAAAAAGAAAAGAGAAAAGAGAAGUUGUCCAGUCAAUAGGAAAUUUGACAGGGAGAAUCCACGUUGUGAUUGAUUUGCAGAAAAUUCCAUAAAGAAUGCCUCAGCAAUGGUACUUUACUUUACUUUACUUUUUACUUUACUUUACUUUACAGUGGUACCUCAGGUUAAGAACUUAAUUCGUUCUGGAGGUCCGUUCUUAACCUGAAACUUUUCUUAACCUGAGGUACCACUUUAGCUAAUGGGGCUUCCCGCUGCCACCGUGCGAUUUCUGUUCUCAUCCUGAAACAAAGUUCUUAACCCAGGGUACUAUUUCUGGGUUAGCGGAGUCUGUAACCUGAAGCGUCUGUCACCUGAAACAUCUGUAACCUGAAGUACCACUGUAUUGUAUUGUAUUGUAUUGUAUUGUAUUGUAUUGUAUUGUAUUGUAUUGAAUUGUGGCAUAGGUCAAGAAUCUAAUAGCAACUUCCUUCCCAGGGCAAAUGGCAGCCACUUGUAAUCUGGACCCAAGUUGGUUGGCCAGUCUUUCCCAGCCUGGUGCCCUCCAGAUGUUAUUGGACUCCAAUUUCCAUCAGCCCCAGGCAGCAUGGCCCAUGAUCAUGGGAUGAUGGGAGUUGUAGUCCAGCAACAUCUGGAAGAACACAGCUUAGCCUCCCCGGCCACUGGAAGAACUUGCUAAGGUCAGGAGUCCCACAACAUCUGGAGGGAAGUUGGGGAAGCCUGCUCCCAGCUGUCAAGCUUUGCAAAUGGGUUUUUAAUCCGAAUGCCUGGGAGUCACCGCUGCAAGUAUGUUGUGCCCUUUAACUAUUAUAUACAGCAGUCCCCUUUCACUCCCUGACAAGCAGCAUAAGGUAACAUUAAAAUAAAUAGUGGUACUUUUUUGUCACCAUGACAACAAGACAGCCAGGCUGAAUUAUCCUUCUGGGGAUUCACAGUUCAAAGCUUACAGCAACAUUUCCUCCAAUUGCCUAUUAGUCCCAGGCACAAAUACAGCUGGGUUGCAUCUCAGGGGAGCCAAGCAGACUGUCCUUCUGUUGGCUUCGGUCAUUUACCCAUUACAGCUUCACUUAGUUUUAUCCCUCGGGUGAGAUUCCCUCUGUCAUGAGGGUCUUUCUGUUUGCUUACAUUUUUAACCAAUUUCAUGCCCUCUCAUUUGAGGGGCAGGUAACAAUGCUGAAAUAGAACGAAAUCUAACUUUCAUAUGAACAUGCCCACUAGCGUAAAAAAAAAUGGCAUCAUCAAGUUAGUGUGGAAACAAUGUUUGUUUUGAUGGGGAAGGUAGAAGAAAUAUACAGUGGGAUCCUGGAAGUCAAGUGGAAUCCAUUCCGGAAAUCCGUUCGACUUCCAAAACGUUUGGAAACCAAAGUGCGGCUUCUGAUUGGCUCCUAUAGCCAAUCGUAAGCCAUGAAAGCCAUGACGGACACUUGGCUUCCAAAAAUCGUUCAAAAACUGGAACACUCACUUCCGGGUUUCGAUCUUUUGAGAGCCAAUUUGUUCGGACGCCAAGGCAUUUGAGAUUCAAGGUAUGACUGUACAGUGGUACCUCGGGUUACAUACGCUUCAGGUUACAUACGCUUCAGGUUACAGACUCCACUAACCCAGAAAUAGUGCUUCAGGUUAAGAACUUUGCUUCAGGAUGAGAACAGAAAUCGUGUUCCGGCGGUGCAUCAGCAGCAGGAGGCCCCAUUAGCUAAAGUAGUGCUUCAGGUUAAGAACAGUUUCAGGUUAAGAACGGACCUCCAGAACGAAUUAAGUACUUAACCUGAGGUACCACUGUACUGCUGAAACAUUUAGCUCUUGGAAUACAGAUUCUCUCUGUGAAAUUAGACCUCACGUAGGCAACUUAAACUGAUGGAAUAUGUGCAGCUUGCAGACCUAACAUAGAAUAAGAGAACAAGAAGAACAUACAUUUAGAGAAGAUUGGAAAAUCUUUAUUGUAUAUAUGGGGGGGAAUUGUGUACACUUGAAAAUGUUGGCAGCAUAAAGAUAAAUUCAACAGUGUAAAUAAGUUUUGAUGGAUGUAAUAAUGGAAUACUGAAUGGUCUAGUUCAUGGGUAGGCAAACAAGACUCGGGAGUCGGUUUCGCCUUCUAAAUCCGGCCCACGGAUGGUCUGGGAAUCAGUGUGUUUUUACAUGAGUAGAAUGUGUCCUUUUAUUUAAAAUGCACCUCUGGGUUAUUUGUGGGGCAUAGGAAUUUGUUACCCCCCCCAAUAUAGUCUGGCCCCCCACAAGGUCUGAGGGACAGUGGACUCUAUUGAAAAAGUUUGCUGACCCCUGGUCUACUUUAUGUAAAAUAUGCAGGGAUUUAUGAUAUGCAAAAUGAACCAUGGAAAGAGAAGAAUGGAAGUCACUGAUAUUUUAAGGUUGUUUAAAUGAAUACUCUAAAUUGUAAAAAAUAAAUUAUGUAAAAAAAAAUUGUUUUUGACCUCAUGUGCAAUUGUAUGCAGUGCUUUUUUUUUCUAAAAAAAAAGUUUAGGGGUACCCUCAUUUUGACUCAAGAAAAUCACCAUUUUAUAGUUCAAAUCAGGAAAAAUAAAUACAGUAAAUGGCCAAAAGUACAAAGAUUCGCAAAAUGUUUAGGGGUAUGCGUUCCCCCAGAAAAAAGUACUGAUUGUAUGUAUUUGUUUGAGGUGUGUUCCCUGCUUAAGGAAGCAGAUAGUGAAUCUGUUCACCUCCUUUCUUGCCCCUUUAAGUAACUUUAUUUUUCUUCUAUCAUGCAAUAGUACACAUAGCCCACAUGCUUUCAUUUGACCGAAAGCUCUUCAUUACCUUACAGUUCGUCAAUGGACAUGGAAAUGAUAGUAACUCAUGGAGAUGCGAAUAUUAAUUGAACAUGCAUAGAUUUUAACCUCGGUAAAAACUGUGGCAGAAAUUCCAUUUGAGAGUAGGAAGCUUGUACAUUGAUUGCCUGGCAAGAGAAUAGAUAGUUGAUUAUAGGCAUGUUGUUUGUACAUGAACAACUCUGAUUUAAAGUCCACCUUCUAAAUCAAUUAAUGAACCAAUAUGAAAUGUUCAUAUCAAAUAACUGAGAAGAAAAGAAAAGAUUGAAACCUAAUGGGAUGCAAAGUCAGGGAUCAGAGAUACAUGGUGGUUUCAAGAGGCCAGCUCUCCUAUUAAAAUGCCAGCCAUGCAACAGAAAUAUCUAACCCAUUCCUUUGGUCCAUGUCUGACAAAACAAAGGGCUGAUCUCUGAGAAAUGAUGUGCAGCAAAGAGGGGUUCUGUUGAAGCCAAUGGGCCAAUUUACUGGGGCAAAAUCAAUAGUUUAAAUAUAGUUUCAUGUUUCAUUGAUUCCUAUGUAAGAAGGCUUGCUUCCCUGCUUGACUGGCACGCUCUGAAGUCUUCGGACUGUGUUCCUUACUACUGUGUUGUGUUGGAACGCGGGUGGCACUGUGGGUUAAACCACAGAGCCUAGGACUUGCCAGUCAGAAGGUCAGCGGUUCGAAUCCCCUCGACGGGGUGAGCUCCCGUUGCUCGGUCCCUACUCCUGCCAACCUAGCAGUUCAAAAGCACGUCAAAGUGCAAGUAAAUAAAUAAGUACUGCUCCGGCGGGAAGGUAAACGGCAUUUCCGUGCGCUGCUCUGGUUCGCCAGAAGUGGCUUAGUCAUGCUGGCCACAUGACCCAGAAGCUGUAUGCUGGCUCCCUUGGCCAAUAAAGCGAGAUGAGCGCUGCAACCCCAGAGUCAGCCACGACUGGACCUAAUGGCCAGGGUUCCUUUACCUUUUACUGUGUUGUGAGAUAAGUUAGUUUGCCCUCCUCGGGUGGGCGGCAUUGCGGUUGGGCCCUGGGCCUCCCCUGUGAACUAGCCAGAUUCGUCCUCCUGACCAAUGGCGGCAGGAAUACUGGGGGCAUUCCCCUGGGCACGGUGCCAACUGACCAGUAGUAGCACUUGGCACCACACCCAGGGCAGGGAUAAAUGCCCGGCAUGCAGGGCCUUUUCCGUCUCUGUCACCGCACCGGUUCUCCCUCACAUUAGGUUUUUCUUAUGGCCUUUCUAUGGACCAUGUCAAUCGCCAGAUUUAGGGGCCAGGCAGGAAGUUUUUCCCAUCUGGCAAAGUGGCUCCACCAUUUGGGUUUUUGCCUACCUCAUAACAAUCGUCACAACUUUGGAAGGCGGAUAGGCACUGGGUAAGUCUAGACUUGGUUGGAGGAGAGGUUGUAGCCUCUGCCUGCCCCUCCACGGGUAAAGGUAUCCUGUUAAAAUAAUCCAGGAGGAGUGGCUCCUGUCUGAUGCCCAGAUGAGGGCUAGGGCCAUACCACUCCUCCAAUGGGGACUGCUUGGGGGAUGCCCUGAUUUGAUGUAGGUCAUAGGGUGUCCCGCCCCCCCAGUGGCUUCACCCUUAAAAGGGAGCCAGUGUGGUGUAGUGGUUAAGAGUGGUAGUCUCCUAAUCUGGGGAACCGGGUUCGCGUCUCCGCUCCUCCACAUGCAGCUGCUGGGUGACCUUGGGCCAGUCACACUUCUGUGAAGUCUCUCAGCCCCACUCACCUCACAGAGUGUUUGUUGUGGGGGAGGAAGGGAAAGGAGAAUGUUAGCCGCUUUGAGACUCCUGAAGGGGAGUGAAAGGCGGGAUAUCAAAUCCAUACUCUUCUAAAAACACUCCCAGUGGAUGGUUGGGAAUGACACAUGCAGUUGCUUAGCUGAAUGCCUACGGCCAAACCUUCAUAUCCGUAACCAAUAAAGAUGUGGCCUUAUUUGAUUUCCAAACCAAUAAUGCAGCAGCUAGACUGGUGACUGGGAGCAGCCGCCGAGACCACAUAACACCAGUCUUGAAAGACCUACAAUGGCUCCCAGUACAUUUCCGAGCACAAUUCAAAGUGUUGGUGCUGACAUUUAAAGCCCUAAACGGCCUCGGUCCAGUAUACCUGAAGGAGUGUCUCCACCCCCAUCGUUCAGCCCGGACACUGAGGUCCAGCGCCGAGGGCCUUCUGGCGGUUUCCUCACUGCGAGAAGCCAGGUUACAGGGAACCAAGCAGAGGGCCUUCUCGGUAGUGGCACCUUCCCUGUGGAAUGCCCUCCCACCAGAUGUCAAAGAGAACAACAACUCCAGACUUUUAGAAGAAAUCUGAAGGCAGCCCUGUUUAGGGAAGCUUUUAAUGUCUGAUGGAUUACUGUAUUUUAAUAUUUUGUUGGAAGCCACCCACAGUGGCUGGGGAAGCCCAGCCAGAUGGGUGGGGUAUAAAUAAUAAAUUAUUAUUAUUAUUAUUAUAAGCUGUGUCUAGAUAUUUGCACCUGAGGGAACGUGGUGGUCAUGGGGACAAGUUGCAUUUGAAGAGAACAUUCCCCUGUUUUGGAAAAAACCAACAACAAUAUUUAUCUUUAUAAUAACAAUAAUUUUUUAUUUAUACCCUGCCCUCCCCGGCCAAAGCUGGGCUCAGGGUGGCUAACACCAAUAAAAUUACAAUAAAACAUAAUGGGGGGGGGGGACACCAGUUUAUUAAAAUAUGGGGUAAAAUACAAUUUAAAAUGCAGCCUCAUUUUAAUAGUAGCCCAUAAAUCAAAACCAUAAGGGGAGGGAAAAAUAAGGGUCAGACUGAGUCCAAAACAAAGGCCAGGCAGAACAGCUCUGUCUUGCAGGCCCUGUGGAAAGAUGUCAAGUCCUGCAGGGCCCUAGUCUCUUGCGACAGAGUGUUCCACCAAGUCGGGGCCAGUACUGAAAAGGCCCUGGCCCUAGUUGAGACCAACCUAACCACCUUGCGGCUUGGGACCUCCAAAGUGUUGUUAUUUGUGGACCUUAAGGUCCUCCGCGGGGCAUACCAGCAGAGGCGGUCCUGUAGGUACGAGGGUCCUAGGCCACAAUCUCCAAACUGCAAAGUGGCAUUAAAAACAGUGUGCUGUAUUCAACUAAAUCCUACCCAGAGUUGACUCAGUGAACUUAAUGGCCCUAAGUUAGUCCUGUCCAUCUAUUCCAAUGGGUCUACUCUGAGUAGGAUACUAGUCUUGGAUACCACCCAGUCCAUACUUUUCUUUUCGGCAAUUUGAAGAUUAAAUUUGUUUCCUUCCGUUUCGGCAUAUGUAGCUUCCAUGUUGCUUCCCACUAUAGGCACGUCUUUCCAAUUAGAGCAAUCGAUUUGCAUUUAGCAAAUGCGAAUGCAGAUCUCCUUAAUGGUAAAGAAGGCCAUUUCAAUAAGUUGCAGCUAAGGAUGACUGUUCCCAGCUAAUUUCCACAAGGCUCAUUUGUAGCGUUGGCUGCGCACUCGACUUGGGGUGUAGAAGAUGUUAUCAUUCUGACGGCAGCUGUCUAUCCAAUGCAUCUUGCAACAUUUUGAAAUAAUAAACCACAAAUGGGAAAAUCAUACAGCAGGUAUUUAAAUUAAAUGGAUAGCGUAAAUUGGCUCCAUCUCCCAUCUGUGCUCACCAGAGGCUCAACAUAAGGGCUGCAUGACAGCCAUGAGGUGCCUUGGCAGAGAAGGGCUCAUGCAACAGCCAAGUAAAAUCCCCGUCAGCAGGAGUCCUGGCUUCAGGUCUUUAUGCAAUUCUCGCAUAUGGGGUAUGAACAAUGAGGCUCAGAUUGCAGUAAUAAAAUGGGAGGGAGGGGUUAGCCCUCAGACGAUGACCUGUAAUUCCCCAUCUUUCUUCAGUUACACUACAAUUAAAUUUUCUUUUCCGAGAGAACACAAAACCACCGUUUUGGACAAACGGUAUUAUCAGUUCUUUCCAUUGAUUUGGCUGAUGUCUUCUGGAAUAGAAGUGAAGGAGAAAUUUGAUUUUGCUCGCAUUUUAAUGAGAAACUACCCCGUUUGCGCUUCUCAAACCAAUAUAUGAAUAUUGUUAUAAGAAUUUUAAGGUCUUCGAUAUGUAAUAAAUGUUCAUAAAUGUACCAAGCAAACACGUACAUAAAUAUAUAAACCACAUGUCUGGAGCAGCACAGGAAGACCGUCCUGAAACCAUUUUGACUCCCAAACUGACCAAAUGUUUGCUCUGCAAGGAGGGAGGGGGUGAGGGAACCUUCCCAUUGUCUCAGGAAUUGGGUAAUCACCAUUUCAAAGGAAUGGCCAGACUACCAGGAAAGGCAGUCAGAUAAGGCAUUAUCAGAUAACCUGGCAGACAGGAAAAACAACAACAUUCAAAUUUCUGUUGUAGACCACCUUUUCUGUGAUAUAGGUAUGAUGUUUCUGGGGGGUGGUCUUGGGUUCUGUGAUGUAUGUAUAAUGUGAUGUAUGUAUGAAGUAUGGAGGAGUGGUCUUGAGCUCCCGGGCAGGGAAAUUAAAAUGUCUAUAUAAGGGCAGGCACACCUUUGUUCUGGGUCCUCCUCCGUCCUCCUGCGUGUGAGGGGAGCACCCUGUUGCAACAGUUUAAUAAAGAUCAGGCUUACUAGCUGCUUUGCUUCUCAAUAUUCUCUGGUUGGCCUCUGUUAUUUUCUCCUACCAAUAGGGAACCCACGUGUGAUGAGUAUGAGUUACUCGUGCGUAAACUGGUGCCUCUCUAGGCUAAUUUGCCUUGUUAAACCUUUCUGACUGCACAGCCCUUUCUCAUCAUGACUGUCUCAGUCACUAGCAGAAUCCGUCAGUGGGCGUUUCUUGAAUCUCUUCCAACAUAAGAGUUGUUUGACACCCAAUCUCCUCCGCCUCUCACUGCGCGGGAGCCUUCUGCGCAGGGUGGGCGUAGGUAGCGGGGGACCUGUCCCCUCCUCACUGAGUUCCAGUGAAGAGUCCGUGAGCCCUCUCUCCGAUUUCCCCAUCUGCUCACUUUUGUUCCUGGUGUUGCGCUUAAAUGCUUCCCCCUCCACUGAGUUGCUUCUCCCCCUGCUGCUGGGUCCUUCUCCAGCAUCAUCUAGGAGCCUCCCCUUCGCCUCCCGCUCUGAUGUCAGUUCCCUGACACCACGUAAGGACUCUAUACGGGCUCUUGGAUACCCCAUAAGGGAAAAAGGGCAGAUUUUGUUUACAACAGUAUCCCUUUGGGGUCUCUUCUUUGGGCAUGUGAUGAUGGCAAGGGAAUCCCCCCCCAUAGGUGACUGUGGAUCAGCUUGCUCCUAGGUGAGAGACAGGAGCAGCUGAAUGUUAGUAUACCUGAAGGAGCGUCUCCAACCCCAUUGUUGAGCUCCAAGGGCUUUCUGGCGGUUCCCUCCCUGUGAGGUUAUAGGGAACCAGGCAGAAGGCCUUCCCGGUAGUGGCACCCACCCUGUGGAACGCCCUCCCUCCAGAUGUCAAGGAGGGUAAGCUAUGUGGCCUUUUAGACCCGUUCCUAUAUCCUUCUAGGUCAAUCUUCACCAACCCAGUUCCCUCCAGAUAGAUUGGACCAUAACUCCCAUCCAGCACAGGCACUGGGAAACACUGGGCCAGAUGUUUAUUACUUAAACCUAACAAGUUUUGAGCAAAAGUUGCUAGGAAGGGGCUGUGUAAUUGUGGCUGCUCUGAAGUUUCCAGCAGUAGAUAAACCAGGUUAUCUUGUUUCAGUGAUUAGCCAUCAAAAUAAUUUAUAUGGUUGAACAAGGCUCAGAUAAGGCCUCAUGAACAACUGUUUUUGUUGUUAUAAAAACAGCUGCAGUGGAUUAGGCCAAAGGUCCAUUUAUCCUUAAUCUUUGACAACAGGCUGUAUUAGAUUCCUUAGCAGAAACAUACAAGGUCGGGAAGCAGUAAUGGAAUUUCCCUGCUUCAGGGCAGGCAGUGGAAAGUUUAGCAGUCUCCCGAGCCUCCGAAUGCAACAUUUGCUACAAAUGCUUAGCAAUACUCUGGUCUUGAACCAGGAACUUUCAUUUUUCAGGUUUCACUUGUGGGUGAAAUGGUUUAUCAAGCCCAGCAGUUUGGCCCAACUACUGUGUGUUAUUGGCUAAAACGUUUCUCGCUUAGCCUGCGGUCAGGCUGUGCUAAAUCAGUCAUCUCUUUGUUGAGGGAAGAGUACUGAGGCAAAACAUUACAUGAUCCCCAACAAACAUAUCUACCCAUGGAUAUUCCCAGGACAUUGCAAACAGAUCUGUGCAAUCUAGUUCAGGUGGAGGCAUUUCAGAUGGUUAUAGCAAGCUCAGUAAAACCCUCCCUUUGGCAUGUAAGAUUGCCAUCACUUAACUGAACUUGCCAGCUUAAAUGUUUAUGCCUUCCUAAAUUCGUAUGUUAAGAAACACUCAGUUGACUUUUCAUUUCUUCUGUUCUCUACAGCGAAACAAAGCAAUAUGCGAGACAGAAUCUGGAGAGAAGUUCUUCUGAUCAGUUGCUGACUUUAUUUAUUUGUUUUGCUCAGAGAGUACAGCUGGAAAAAUACGAGGCCUUUAAAAACACCUGCUGUGAUAGCAGAGUUAACAGACCUUCCAAAAUGUUGUUCUCUGCAUAG